AUGGCACAGGUUUCAUCAGCAACUCUAUCCCCUUUGGCCAAUCUGACAUUCAAGCCAAUCAUCAACGAUGACUUGCGGCCAGCACCCGCGGCCAAGCCAGAGACCUUCAACCCCGACAAGCACCUCGCAUUCGUCAACGAUCCCAACAGGCUUACCCUUCAGGACCUAUCGCUUCCCGAGGACGUCGGGAUCUCUCCAGUUGCCUGCUCGGAGCCGUUUCCCUUGUUCACCCAGGAGGCCAUCCAGAUUAUGAGACAGGAGAUCUUCACAACAGAGGUAUGGGAUAACUGCCUGCACAGUACCCAAUUCGCCCCUUGCCAGCUGCGAGGACAUUGCCCGAAAUAUGCACCUUUCAUGGACCAAGCCUGGAACGACCCCCAGACACUGGCCAUCAUCUCCAAGAUCGCGGGGGUGGAUCUCAUCCCCAACAUUCAGUACGAAGUCGGCAAUAUCAACAUCUCCAUCCAGAACGCGGUCGGUGACCAGAAGGAAGUACAUGCCAAGAGCAGCGAUAGCAAUUCCGUGACCAAGUGGCACUACGAUGCGUUCCCUUUCGUGUGCGUCGUCAUGAUGAGCGAUGCCACCAACAUGGUCGGUGGCGAGACAGCCUUGAAGACGGGCACCGGGGAAAUUCUCAAGGUCCGGGGCCCGCAGAUGGGCUCUGCUGUCGUUUUGCAGGGUCGAUACGUCGAGCACCAGGCCCUGGCUGCCCUCGGCGGCACCGAGCGGAUCACCAUGAUCACGUCUUUCCGACCCCGCGACCCAUGCAUGAAGGACGACUCCGUCCUCACCUCCAUCAGACCCAUCUCGGAGCACUCUGAGCUCUAUUAUCAGUGGGUCAAAUAUAGAGUCGAAGUGGUCCAGGAGCGCAUGAAAGUGAUGCUCAAGGAUUUGGAAGAGAGACACGAUGCAGGCAGUCGAACCGACAUUCCGGCCGUCAAAAAACUCCUGGCGCAACAGGAAGAGUACAUCAAUACUACCAACAGGGAAAUCGUAGAGGAUCUAGAGCCACUACGUGCUUGGGAAGGAAAUUAA